AUGGGCAAAACUCUCGACACAGAAAAGCUGGGCUCAGUAUUUGGCACCCGGCCUGAUAUUCUGUCUGGCAUCCAGAAAGCAGCAGACUCUCCUACAAGAAUCGCCUUGUUCAACGGAAUUGCGGCCCAUGUAUAUGAUCAAUUAUUAAGUGGAAGCACUGAACCCGCCCACAAGAAGAGAAGAGUCGACCUCCAACAAACCAACGGAGCCGCGAAUGGCACAAAACCUCCUGCCAAGGUAGCGACUAAUGCCGCCGACGAGACUGUCUUGCUCGAAAUCAAAGAAAUCUCUGUUUCUGUACCUCAGAGGAAGAAGUUUGAGUUGUGUUUUACCGACGGUCACAUUUACGCUCGUGCGCCAAACACUACAGCUCCUAUUCCAGCCAUUACAUACGCGUGGUCAGAUAUUGAAUACGCCUUUUAUCUCCCCGUACCCGAAAAGAACCAGGUCCAGCAUAACUACAUCCUUUUCCCACGAGGAACAUGCCUUCCCUCCAAGACGAACCCCCCGACCGAGGAGCCGCUUGUCUUUACAGUACCCGCGACGGCGCCUAAGCAAGGCACGAUAGGUGGACCUGAUGCUGGAAGUGCGGCAGCCGUAUCGGACAGCUACAAGUCUCUGUUCCACUGGGCUUUGAACCGUCAUCUCAAGCCCAUUGGCAUUGAUAUCGUUGCGUCAAACCCCAACAAGUUCCAGAGCAUGGUGCGACAGCCUCACAGACCGAGCGAAAAGGCCGUUCAUGUCAAGGCAUUCAGGGGCUCCAAAGAUGGAUACCUCUUCUUCCUCGAGACUGGCAUUCUCUGGGGUUUCAAGAAGCCGCUCAUGUUUAUACCUCUAAACCGAAUCGCUGCGACAAGCUUUACAAAUAUUCUCCAGCGAACAUUCAACAUUGCGAUUGAGGUGUUUGCAGGUGAGGGCGAUGCGACAGAGGAGGUUGAGUUUUCUAUGAUUGACCAAGAAGACUAUGGCGGCAUUGACGAUUACAUCAAGAACAAGCGUCUACAGGAUCGAAGUAUGGCAGAGCAGCGAAAGGCAAAGCUUGAGCUUGCUGAAAACAGAGGACCAAAGAAGGGCGCUGAAGAAGGUGAGGAGACAGCAGCAGAAGCUGGUGGUGACCUCUCGGAGCUUGCAAAGGCGCAACAAGAUGCCGAGCAAGCGCUGCAAGAUGAAGAGGACGAGGAUGAGGAAGAUUACGAUCCUGGUAGUGAUGCCGACUCUGACGGUUCAGGAGAGUCUGAUGAUGACGAUAGUGAUGAUGAUGACGAGGAUGACGAAGAUGAUGACGAUGAGGAGGGAGAAGAAAAUGCAGAGGAAGAGGUCGAAGAAGGUGAUGAGCAAGCUGAGGAGGAAGAAGAGGAGGAGGAGGAGGAAGUCAAGGAAGAAGUGAAGAAAGAGCCUACACCACCACCAAAGCCUGUUCAGCAACCUGUUGUGAAAUCAGGCUGGGCAGCAUUGAGGAGUGUUCCUCGCGCUCCUGCUCCAGAGAGCAUGGAUCUGGAUGAGGAGAAGUUUGACGUUGUUUAA